AUGAAAUAUUUAGCAAGAUUUUUCAGCUCAAAUCCUGCACAUCAAAAGCUGAUUCUUACACAAAUAAAUGCAAAUCCUGUCCUGUUAUAUGUAAAAAGCACAGAUCCUAUCUGCAAGCAGGCAAUUAAGACAUUAAAAGAUAUGAAAAUUGACCCUACAGUAGUAGAACUAGACGAUCUCAGUGAUGGGGAUACCUUUGCUAAUGCCUUGAAAGAUCUUACUAAAGUCACCACCCUCCCCAGUAUAUUUAUUAAAGGCCAAUACUUCGGAGGACUCGUUGAUUUAUUAGAAGCAGUCUCCUCAGGGAAUUUUUACAAAUUGCUGGGGGAUGCAAAAAUCCCUUAUGAACACAAAACUUAA